AUGGCGACGAGUUUUUUGCCCUUCUGUGCACAUUGCGAACAGCAGAUAAUAGUUCCAAACACAGGAAUUCUUUAUUGCUCUGAAAAGUGCAGGCGCAAAGAUCAAGCGAAACCGCCUCCAAUCCCAAUUGGGCCUUCGUCGCCCUCAACAUGCAAUUGGUCAACACCACCGUUGACGCCCUACGGCGACGAAUUCUCAAACGGGCCCCCAAGAAAGAACUACGUCGAACCACUUAGCCCAACCCCGCCACGUUCAGUGCCAGAAGUUGAGCCAUCAUAUCCCGAAUAUGCAGGCUCGCCACCAAUUUCGAUAACAGGCAGGACUACUUCGUCCGACGGGGGGUAUAGCAACUAUCACUAUAACCACCACCGUUCAGGAACUACCUCACCAAUUGAUUCGCAGCCCUCAUCUCCCACAAACCAUAAUGCGAAUCUCUACAACCCCCCGCGCAGGCCGGUGCAUCUGCGCAGUUUGACCGGCGGCUCCAUCUCAAAUUUCUCUGGAAACGCUUCAAAUAACCCGCCGACACAGUACCAGCUGCAUCAGCAGCGCCCUCUCCCGCCGCUCCACCAUCCUGUCUCUUACAGCUCAUCACCGCGCUCAAUAGACCUCGUUACACCCUACCUCUUGCAGGAUCACUCGCAACGCCACGGAUCAUCCUCUUCGCUUUCCUCCGGAUCUUCAUCAGGAUCAUCCUCAUCCGAAGAUCUGCAGUACGGGUACGAGAAGACCCUGCCAAUCGCCGAAGUGGCGGCGCAGGUCGGAAACCUGAAGACCCUCUUUAACUUCGACGCCAUUAGGGGCCGCCCGACGGCGUCGAGGAAUGGAAUGUACACGCCUAUGGAUAGGACGCCGGAGCGGAGCCCGGUAAGGGGAGUGGGGAGGCAACAGCCUCUCAUGAUGAGAAGCAGUGGGGGCGGAUGGCCCAAUUGA